GAUGACGACCCACUUGGUGAAGCCAUCGUUGCUCAAAGAAUGAGGUUGAGCGAGGAGGAGGUGUGCAACCUAUGGGACAUCAUUCCGCCACGUGCUGACUUCGUCGGGGUGCCAUUCGUGACCCGCCUGACAAGUACCAUGGUUGAUCGGCAUAUCAUGAAAUUGCCAAAGAGACUAUUUGAGAGUUGUGGUAUCAAGCCUGAUGAAGAAGGCUCUGCUGGAAUACGCCUUACCGCGAGGGGCUCCGUCACCACUUGUGCGUACGGCGUGGACAUGGACGGUCGCACAAACUUCAACUCGGUUGGGUGGAAGAGCUUCCUCGUCAGCAAGAAUCUUCAUGCUGGACAGGCAGUCCUAAUUACUAUCAGGAACACCCACCGCCCAGGCUUCAGGAUUAUGGUCGUCAUCGAUAUCAUCUAGAACUACAUAUGCCUGUGAGAUCUAUCCAUGCAUGCGUGUGGCUGCUGAACCAUAUAUAUGCUAGUAUGACUACCUAGUAGACUUAUCAACUAUGAUCUAUCCAUGCAUUGUUGACUACUAUAUAUGAGUUUGUGAGAUUGUGUGGUUAUAUUAAAUGUGGUAUUGUCGUUAAUGCUUGUGAGAUGGUUCUGUGAACUUAGUUUAUUUGCAUUGGACUUGUCUUGAUUUCCAUGAAUAUUGCAUCUGACUCCUUUUUUUAUUUUUUAUUUCUAUUUACCUAGUUGUAGCAUGGGGAGAAAGUAGGGCGCUACUACUAUGUGAUGAUAGUAGUAGCGUUGGUAGAGAAAGAGGCGCUACUACUAAGUAUUUUAGCUACAGCGCUUGUUUA